AUGAAAGCAGGCUGCCGGGCUUCUGCUGCAGCAGUUGCUGCAGAGUCUGCUGUUACUGCUGCAUCUUCACCACCAGCAGCAGCAGCAGGCAACAGCCCUGCGAGCCCUCCAGGCAUUCACUCCCCAGCUCUUCCUCCUCCUCGCCGCAACAGCAGCAACUGCAGCAGCAGCAGCAGCAGCAGCAACAGCAGCAGUCCGUCCCUUAGAACGGUUCGCGCUGCUCCAGCCAGCAAGUCCCCUCCGUUUAAGGUGGGGCAGUCAAAGCCUGCAGCAGCAGCAGCAACAGCAGCAGCAGCAGCAGCAACAGGGGGACAAGCGUUGCAGCAUCGCAGCAGCAACAGACUUCAUGGGACCUCUCCCCUACCAGUGGACUUCAACUCCACAACCCGCAGCAGCAGCAGCAGCAGCAGCAGCAGCAAAGGCGAGCCCGAUGGAGCGCAGCAGCACUCCAAGAGACAUUCUUCAGGCGCCGACAACGCUGCUGCUGCCUCAGAAGCAGCAGCAGCAGCAGCAGCAAAUAGUGGUUCAGAGGACUUGGAGGGAGGUGCGCAGGAGGAGGAGACUAUGACAGAAAACACUGAUAGCCUUCACAGCGAUUCUGCAGCAGCAGAUGCAGCAGCAGAUGCAGCAGAAGAUGCAGCAACAGAUGCAGCAGUAGAUGCAGCAACAGAUGCAGCAGCAACUGAAGGCGACCUUGAAACGGAGGAGGCAGCCGAGGAGGAGACAGGGGGCAGCGACACAGAGACAGCAGCAGCAGCAGAGCAGCAGCAGCAGCGCAGGUGCUCUAGCCGACAGCGUCGAGGUACGCUCGCCUCCAGCUGCAGCAGCGUCCGCAGCAGCAAGACGCCUUCAGCCCGCAGCGCUGCAGCAGCAACACCACCGGCAGCAGCAGCAGCCGCAGCAGCAGCUAGAGGAGACAAAGCGACGACGGAGACCGAUGAAGCGGGAGGCAGCUGGGGAGACACCCCAUCUACAAAGGGCAACGCCGAUUUAAUAGCACUAAACGAUGCAGACAAAGAGAAGCACCCCGAGUGGUACAGUGGGGCUGUGAGUGCAUGCGAAGCGACGCAUCGAUGUUUGUGUUGGUGGAGGUUUCGGCCUACGGGGAAGCAUCAGCCUGGACUUGUUAUUAAAGACUUAGACUCUGAAGUCGAGGCUAAGCGCAUGACGGCAAGCGUGCGAGAGACUCUGCUAGAAGGUGUAGCAGGAAGAGGACAGCCAGGGCGUGCAGGUGUAUGCAAAGGCAGCGGGGCGAAAGCAGAGGUGGUGGUGGUGAUGAGUUUAGAAGAUUUAAAAUACUCCCUUUGUAACUGGACCACUACUAAACCAAUGCCAUUCCCCGCUGGUAGUCAACAGGGUCGCCUUGAGAAGAUCGCAGACAUGAAGCACGGCUGUCCCGCUGCACUUGAAAAUCAGCUGCUCGAUACUUUAGCGCGAGAACAAAUUAAACCAACUCACGACAUAGUGAAGCAUCUCUUGUCUGUUUCGGCGGAUACCAUCAUUCAAAGUUGGGACUGGGAUGCAUAUCAGAGGGAGCAGGAGGAGGCAGCUCAGCGGAAGCGGUCUCGGGAGGAAGCAGCAGCAGCAGCAGCAGCAGCAGCAGCAGCAACGGGUAGUCGUAAGCGGCGAGCAGCAGCAGGAGUUGCAUUACUUGCUGCAGCUGCAUUGGAGGAUGCUGAGGAAGCUGAAGAAGAGGGUUUAGAGUUUGCUGCACGUACACCUAAACCCUCAGCAGCAAAGCACGGGGUAGAUUAUUAUUAUAAAGGAGGUCGUAGGAUUGUACUAGCAAGGACGCCUCCUCUAGUAAAACAAAGAAGAGGAGAGCUGAUGUCAGCAACUGUGGGGUUGAGUCUCCUUGACGAUCCCCUGAUGGCUGCUGCUGUGGGGUUGCUGCCUGAGCAGCAGCAGCAGCAGCAGCAGCAGCAGUUGUGGCCGGGUCACCCUUCCGCCGCCCAUCAUCAGCAUCAGCAUCAGCAGCAGCAGCAGCUGCUGCUGCUUCAGCAGCGGGAACAGGAGGCCCUGCUGCAGGAGAGAAGAGAGCAGCAGAGACUCAGCGGGCUUUUGAAUGGAUUCUCAGGGCAGUGGCUGUCUAUGAUGCGGUCGUUAGUGCUUACAAGGAGACAGUUGCUGCAGCUGCUGCUGCCAGUCCCUUUAGAUCUGCUGCACAACCCCACAAACUUGUUUGCUCCUCUGCCUCCGCUGCUGUCUCCUGUGCUGCUGAUGGAGGUAGCUGUAAGACAUCAGAACCCUGCUGCUGCUGCACACCUUCUAGCAGCAAAUCUGCUGCUGCAUCGCCUUGCUGAUACUAUUGCUAUAAGAGCCCUAGACCCAGCACAAAAACGCCUGGCUAUUGCCUCAAAUAUUCAAAAGGAGACAAAACUAACGAAAGGAGACACCACACGCAUGCAGCCCCAACGCACCCCACAGGGCAAGUCUACCCCAGGCAAACAAAGUGGCAGCAGCAGCAGCUCCGCCGUGCGCUUCGAGAUGGGGUACUCUGUUUGUCUAUGUCUAGGCCUUCUAUACGGAAGGAUUAACCCGAACCAGCUGCCUCUUUAUGCUGCUACUGCUGCUGCUGCUGCGGGGUCGCAGCAGCAACAGCAGCAGAAGAAAAAGAAGCAGCGCUUCUGCUGCGCUCCCUGGAUCGGUCUUAUGACGGGAGAACAAAUGGCUGCGCGCAGGAGGCAGGCUAAGCUGCAACAGCAGCAGCAGCAACAGCAGCAACAGCAACAGCAGCAGCAGCAGCAACAGCACCAAGAGUCGUCUGGUGGCUCUGCUGCGUCCAGCACCGGAUCUGCUGCUGCUCCGGCUUUUGCUGCUGCUGCUGCGUCGACCAAUGAUGUUAAACCUCUGCUGCAGUGUGGCGGUGAAGGAAAUGUCUGUUCUGUUGCUUCUGCUGCUGCUCCCAGUGCUGCUGCCGCUGCUGCUGCUGCACCUGAGGGCCCAGCGGGUGGCGAGUCGCUGCCCACCGGUGCCCCCUGCAGCAACGACGUUUGCAGCAGCAGCAACAGCAACAGCAGCAGCAGUAAUAAUAAUAAUAACGGUGAUCCUGCUGCAGCAGCAGGAGCUCCUGCUGCUUCCGGCGAGUCGUCUGCUGCAGGAGGAGACGGGUGUUCAAGCGGCAGCUCCCUACCGCCAACAGCAACAGCAGCAACAGCAGCAGCAGCAGCAGCAGCAGCAGCGGCAGCAGCAGCAGCAACAGCAGCAGAGGGCAAUGUAGAGUGGGAGCCUCCUUGGCCUUCUGCUGCUGGCGUGCAGCCAUCGGUGCCUUUGAAUUUAUGUCUUCUAACAAUUCAUUGCAGCUGCGAUGAUGAAGACUUCCUGCUGCGAGUCUCUCUAGAUAAGGUGAGCGAUCAGCCUCCUUCUUUAUCAGAGCUGGAGCGUUGCUACACCACGCAUGGGGAACGCUUCUCUUUAUCUACUUUAGAUAGACGUCUUUCUUCUUUAAAAGAGAUAGAGACACAAAGUAGAUUGCUGCUGUCGCUGCUGCAGACAGCAGCAAACUGUGCAGCAAGUAGAGCAGCAGCAGAAAAAGAAUUAGCAAACAAAGGAGGCAAACACUUCAUCCUCGUUAAGGUCCCAACCCGCAAUAUACCAGACACCACGCACUGCUGCGGUGCUGCAUGCACCAGCACCUGCUGCAGCAGCAGCAGCAGCAGCAGCAGCAACAGCAGCAGCAAUAAUAAUGCCGCAUGCAGCACCGCACUAGAGGCCACCACCUCAAAGAAACGGCUGCCCGCAGGAGACGAAGUGCUGCAGCAACAGCAGCAGCAGCAGCAGCAGGAUUGCUCUGAGGCCUUGGCAGGAGCAGAGGACGCUGCAGCUGGUGACAGCAGCAGCAGCAGCAGCAGCAGCAGCUACAAUGAGGAUAUGGUGGUGGAUCGCAGCGAACUACGCUUUGAUUGGCAGCUGCGUGGCGUUGCUGCGCGUCUCGAGGCAGAGAAGGGUGCAGCAGCAGCUUCUCAAGAGGGACAACCUGCUGGUGCUGCUGGUGCUGCUGCUGCUCCUGCUGCUGCUUCCCUCUCGCAAAGCUAUGAUGCUCUCUUCGUGCUGCUGGAGUCAAUCAGCAGCCAUAUACUCCGCGCUAAAGCAGCACACCUCAGCCUCCAUCUCCGCUGUUUAGAGAGAGAGCUCAGCAACACAAAGGCGCAGCUGCUGCUGCUGCAGCAAAAGCGGCAGCAGCACGAACAAGAACAGCAGCAGGAGCAGCAGCAGAUGCCAGAGACUCAACCACAGCAACAAGAACGUGAAGACACACAAGGAGACAAAGCACGGGCCCCGCAGCAGCUUCUGCAGCAAAUGAAUGCAGCAGAAGAGGAGCUGCAGCAGCAAGCAGCAAGACAGAUGGAAUUGCUGCAGCUAGGGAAGACACUGGUGAAUAUGUACGCAGCAGAGCAGCAGCAGCAGCAGCAGCUCCUAAGCCGCUGGCGCUCUGUCUUUAUCUCUCUCGUGCAGCUGCCUCCUGGGACCCCCCCAAACCCUCAUAUUCGCAAUGGCAGGAGGCUGCAGCGCCUUCUCUAG